UUGUAAUUUUUUUAUUUCACGGUUGGUGAAAGUGAAACCCACCACGUGUGGCAAAGUUAAAUGUCAACUAUCAAGUUUAAAUAAGUUUUUUUUUGUGUAAAUAUCAACAUUAUCUAAAACCAAUUGCUGUUAAUAAGUGGAAAAACCAAAAAUGGGGAAGUUCCGGUCCAAGCUGAAGGGCCAGGCCAAGGGCAAGCGGUGGCCGAAGGGCCAGAGCUCGAGCUCGAACCCCGAGACGCACAAGUACCGUGAUUUGGCCAAAUCGCGUUUCUUUCAAGAAAAUCUGGGCUCGAGCGGUUUAACGUCUGAGGCUUUGCGCAAACACGAUGCAGUUCAGGCCUUCAAGCCGCGGCCGGACCCAGAGCCCAUGGGCGUGGACGAGGAUGUGGAGUCGUCAGUUGGCACCUACUCCUCGUACAAAACCAUGGAAUCGUUUGCGUCCGAAUGGUCGAGUUACAGCAACAUGUCGUUCACCCGCUUUUUGAAAGUCUUCCGGGCCGAUUCCGCCCUGCAUAAGGAGAUGCUGGCGAUGCUUGCGGCGAUUAGCGAGGUGAUUAGGGAAAACGGGGGCUCUGAGACGGCCACUGAAUAUUAUUGUUCGCUGAUAACUGCACUUGAACGUGUGUAUGAGGGGGAGGAGCGCAGUGAGGAGCAGUUGACGGCGGCGUUGGCUUUGCUGAAUAUGGGGAUCAAGACGGUGCCAGAGCCGGUUUUACGCCGGACUUUUAGCGAUUUAUCGGCGAAAGUUUUGCACAUUCUUAAUGAUUACGUCGAUUCUGAUAAUAAUACGAUCGUUAAGUCGAUUUUUGGGAUUUUGGGGACGCUUCUGAGGAAACAGGAAUUGAUUGUUUGGACUAACGAAGCAACGGUUAAGAUUUUUACCUCGAUGUUGAACCCCUUUUGUCUUCAUACGAAACCAAAAUGGCGUAAAGCAGCCCAACAAGCUGUAAUUUUAGUCGUAAAAUCUGACUAUUUCACCUCAACUAACACGAAUAUUGCGGCUGAUAAAAUCGCCGAAUUUUGCGAGCAAACUUUAGACACUUGUAUGGGAGGUAAUUCGGGCGCUAUUUUAGUUUCUUCAAUACAGGCAGGUCAGACGACCAUUUUACACACUCUGGGGUUGUUGAAAGACACAAUUUGUAGUUUUUCAAAGUCGCACAUGAAGAAAUGUUGCGAGAUUAUUUUAAGAUUGAUGACUCUAAACUACCCAAUCGUCACGUCAUGUGGCCUACAGGUGCUCCAUGCGCUUUUUUCGGCCCAAACGGCUGUGGUUCCCCCAAAAUUGAACGCCCAGUUAAUUUCAGCGUUGUACGAAUACCAGCCGGCUGCAGGUGAUGUCCAGCCGACUUUAGCCUGGUUGGCUGUGAUGCAGCAAGCGCAUGUGCAUUUGGCCGAUGUUGAUUUGGCCGCAUCGUGUGCAGCGUUACCGAAAAUUUUCGCAACAAUAAGUCAGUUGUGGCUGUCGGAAAAAAGCGAAAUUAUGACUGCAGCCACUCAUGCCUUGGAAAAUUUACUCAAAGAUGCUGUUGGUCCAGCUUGUGCUAUUAAAGAACAAGUGGAACAGUUUAGCUCGAAAAUUAACAAGUGUUUCAGUUGUGUUGAAGCUGGUCUUGGGUACCAGUACCAUAGUGUGUGGCAUCAGGUUCUGCAUUUGAUCGCGGUCAUGUUUGAGGUUGGUGGCCAAAACUGCAGUCAUAUGUUACUCAAUUGUUUAAAAUCGUUAAGCGAGUUGAGAGAUUCGUACAAAUUUAGUUAUAAUAACGAACUGGAGCAUGCUGUGGGGGCUGCCAUUCGGUCAAUGGGCCCUGAAACUGUCAUAAACGUCAUCAGUCUUAAGAAAGACAACGGUGAUUUGAAUUUAGACAGGUCUUGGAUGCUUCCUGUCUUAAAAGAAAACAUAAAAGCAUCAACUAUUGAGUAUUUCAUGAAAGGAAUUUUACCGUUGGCUCUCUACUGCCAACGGCGAUCAGCACAGCUUGCUGAAGCCAAUGAUGGCAUAGGGGCGCACAGUUCUGAGCUUCUCUACAUGCAGUUGUGGAACUUGUUGCCUUGUUUUUGCAACCACCCGACUGACAUCAAGGACAGUUUUAAGAGCGUAGCAAAAGUGCUGGGCACUGCGAUAUCAGACCGCAAAGAACUGCGAUUGUCUGUGAUGGCGUCACUGCGCAAACUAAUCGCAAGUGCGAAAGAGUCGGAAAACCAGGACGACAUUGACGAACUUGCACGUUUCGAUAAAAACUACCUUCCAAUUUUGUUCAAUGUUUACACAACUAAGCCGAUGGGCAGCGACGAAGAGGGCCAACGAUUGGCCGCUUUGGACACGAUUAAAGUCUACCUAACAAUUGCCAAGCCCGAGCUCACCCAACAACUCCUAACACAUGCGAUUGAACGCCUUAAUAGCUCGUCGGAAGAUCCCGAAGAUUCGUUCAUCAAGGAGAGUAUUUUAGACCUGAUACGAGCUCUGGUGCCGUAUCAGGACGUCGAAAAUAUCAAGGUUUUGUACGAGCAGUGCGUCAAGCCUUUGCCGGAAAUAAAAAGUAACAAGGAACAGAAAAAGGCGUAUCGGUUGUUGGAGGAGAUUUGCGGGAGCGAGUCCGACAGUUGCAAGCAGUUUAUCAAGAGUAGUAGAAAAGAGGUGCAAGCGUUGCUGUGGAAGGCGCUCGAAACGGCGGCGGUUUCGAGCAAGGGGGCGCGGUUGCGGUGCUUGAAUUAUCUAGUCAAGGCGCAGCCACAACUGGAGUGUGACAGUAAGCUGAUCAAGAGGGUGGUGCCAGAGGCGGUUUUGUCGUGCAAAGAUAUUAACGAGAAGACAAGGUAUAUCGCCUACGAGGUGUUGAAUACUGUGGGUGAGACUUUGCAGCAGCAUAACCAGUUGAAUCGGUUUGUUGCGAUGGUUGUUGGCGGUUUGGUUGGCAAUGUGGGUCUGAUGAGUUGCAGCGUUCUAGCAUUGGCGUCAAUUCUUCACAAUUUUUCAGGGAGUCUUGGGCAAAACAACAUUCAAUGGAUUUUGGAUAAAGUCACCGAAUUGAUGUCAGCGGCUACGAGAGAGUUGGUUGCAGCUUGUUUGAGUUUUGUUAAAGUCUAUUGCAAGGCGAUUCCUAGUCCAAUGGUUGCCGCAUCUCUGCCACAAAUUAUCAAGGCUUUGUGUUCGAUGACGGACGAUUGUAGCAGACACUUCAGGUUAAAAAUCCGCGAUAUUUUAAAUAAGUUAGUGAGGAAAUACGGAAGUGAGUCAAUCGCCCCCUACAUACCUGAAUCGAACACAGUUAUGUACAAGAGAUUGAGAAACAUUCGGAAGCUUCUUGCCCGAAAGAAGCGACAGAAGGAGGGACAAAAAGAAGAGGACGGAAGUGAGGAUGAAGAAUUUUUGAUCAAAGCGAAACCGAAGAGUGUUGAAGAAAUUCUAGCGGACUCCGAUUCCGAAACCGAAGACAUGGAAACCGACCACAAAGUGGUCAAGCGAAAACAACCGAACACCUGGAUUGAGGAAGAUCCCGAAUCAAUCGUCGAUUUUACCGACCCGAACGUGGUCAGUAAAAUAACAGCCACUCAGCCCGGCUCUGCACCGUUCUGCCCAGCCACCUCGAAAAAACCCAAACCGGGGAAAGACCGCGGUUUUAAGACCGCUCCAGACGGCCGACUCAUUAUCACCGAUGACGAUUCGUCAGACAGUGAUUCAGACAAGAAGAAAAAUAAAAUCGAUUUUGAUUCUGAUUCAGAUUCGGAAGUUGACGAUAAAAGCGUGGCCGAAACUCUAGUUUUGAGUGAUAGAAAGCGCAAAAGAGCGGCAAGUGUUAAGAGUGGAGUUAGUUCAGUUAGUCAGCCUCCUGCGAAGUAUAAAACUGGUGGAAUUGGCAUACAUCGGGCCACGAGUUCGGCGUCCGUCCGCAGUGGCGCUAGCAGUGUCCCUGGAAGCGAAUACAGGGGCAAAAGGGCCAAAGGUGAUGUUAAGAAGAAGGGCAAACCGGACCCUUACGCCUACUUGCCCUUGCGCAGGUCUGCCAUCAACAAAAGAAAAAAGUCGAAGGCAGCAGGACAGUUUAAGAACAUUAUCAGGGGGGCCAAGGCCGGGGCCUUGAAGGGGGCCAAAGCCAAAAGAAAUCGCAAUAAAAAUUGAUUUGUUCUUUGUACCAGCUUGUGAUAGCUUGUAAUAAAAAUUAAGCGCA